ACGAAGUCUAUGCUUUACGAAGGGCUAGACGAGUAUCGAUUCGUAGCAGAAUCGAUUUCAGAAUCGAACAUCCCUAGUUUAGAGUUGGUUAGAUUACUCCUAUUCCUAUACAAUACGCUCUAUGUAGUAGUAAAGUACACAGACGAAUCGUGUGAGACGAUAUUUCAUCUGUGACAGUGGUUACAAGUAAACAUUUUAAUACAAAAUUUCAUAUUUAGCAAAUAAGAUAUGGAAGAUUCGUUAAAAAAUCAGCAUAUUAAUAACAAAGACAAUCCAAUUGUUUUUCUAGAUAUAGCAGUAGAAUCAGAGAAAGUUGGAAGAGUUGUAAUAGAGCUAUUUAAAGAUGUUGUACCAAGAACAGCAGAAAAUUUUCGUGCAUUGUGCACUGGGGAAAAAGGUAUUGGAAUCAAUGGCAAAAGAUUGCAUUACAAAGGAUCAAUAUUCCAUAAAGUGUUACCACAAUUUAUGAUCCAAGGUGGGGACAUAAUAAAUUUUGAUGGAACGAGUGGAGAGAGUAUAUAUGGAACACAAUUUGAAGAUGAAAACUUUAAAAUUUCUCAUACAUCAGGGGGGUUAUUGAGUAUGGUAAAUGAGGGUUACCCUAAUAGCAACAGUUCACAAUUUGUCAUUACUAUUUCUGCUAGUACACAUUUAGACAAUACCAAUGUAGUUUUUGGGAAAGUUUUGAAAGGAAUGGGUGUAAUAUUGGAAGUAUCUCAAGUGAAUAUACUAAAGGAUGUACCACUAGAGAAAAUACACAUAAUCAAUUGUGGAGAAUUGAAAGAAGGUCAAGAUUGGGAUUUAGAAGAAAAUGAUGGCACAGAAGAUGUUUUUGCUCCAUGGCCAGAAGAUUGGGAUUAUAGUGUGGAUAACAAAAGAUUGGAUUACAAGUAUAUAAUGGAGGUUAUUAGGAAGAUAAAAGUUUCCGGAAAUAAUUAUUUUUCACAAAAGAAUUAUGUGGAUGCAGGCAAGAAAUAUAAGAAAGCAAUUCGCUACUACAAUUGGAUGACCAAGACAGUGGAUAUACCGGAUUCAUCCAAUGAAUCUGUGGGGAAUACUAGAAUGGCUCUGCUGCUUAAUCUUGCAGCUGUUAAAUUAAAAACAAAGAAACAUCGUGAGGCAUUGAGGUUAUGUGCAGAGGUUUUGCAGUUUGAUAAGAACAAUAAUAAAGCGUUAUUUCGCAGAAGUCAAGCAUAUAUGGGGUUAAAUGAAUAUGAUUUAGGAUUAAGGGACUUAAAACAAGCCUUGUUAGUAUCUCCAAAUAAUAAGGAUAUUUUAAUGGAAAUAGAAAAGGUUAAAAAAGUUAUGAAUUCAUAUUUAGCAAUUGAAAAAGCAUCGUGUCAAAGAAUGUUCAAAUAACAAAAAAAAAAUAUUUCAUAACAAGUCUGUAAAUAUAGUAAAACGUUUUGAUAUAAAUAUUUCAAAUUAAAAAAGAAACAUACAUUAUUAUUUUUACAUAAAACACUAAUAAUAUUUAAUAAAUUUUGUAAAUUUAUUAAAUACAUGAUAUAUGUCUUCAUAUAUCAUUUAAUUUUUGUAUUUUAUCACUGAUUAAACUCUCUCUACUUAUAACAUUAAAAACAUGAAAUUCUAAGUAUAGGGAACAAAAGGGUUAAGCGAGGUUUUAUCCCCACUAUUGAUCAUCCGUCAUCGAUCUACGUUUAGGGUUUCAAUGACACCGUGCCAUUAACACGCCGAAAAUACGCCAAUUUAUAGAUAUUUAUUAGACAAUGUUAAAAAUAUACUUUUUUGUAUAUAUUUUGUUAAGUGUUAAUUUGUAUUAAAAGAAUAUGUGAA